GUCGCGUCGGGGUUUGUGCCGGUUCGGGCCGCGUCGCCGCACACCCGGGCUGAGCCGCUGUCCGGCGGUCGGGACGCAGACGAGUCAGACUUGGUGGUCGCGGCCGGUGUCGCCCGCCUCCGGGCAGGGCUAUCCACAAAAGAUGGUUGAUCGCUUGGCAAACAGCGAAGCAAAUACUAGACGCAUAAAUAUAGUGGAAAACUGUUUUGGAGCAGCUGGGCAACCCUUAACUAUCCCUGGACGGGUUCUUAUUGGAGAAGGAGUUUUGACUAAACUGUGUAGGAAGAAGCCCAAAGCAAGGCAGUUUUUCUUAUUUAAUGACAUUCUUGUGUAUGGGAAUAUUGUCAUCCAGAAGAAGAAAUAUAACAAGCAACAUAUUAUUCCCCUGGAAAAUGUCACUAUUGAUUCCAUCAAAGAUGAAGGAGACUUGAGGAAUGGAUGGCUUAUCAAGACGCCAACUAAAUCAUUUGCAGUUUAUGCUGCCACUGCCACCGAGAAAUCAGAAUGGAUGAAUCACAUAAAUAAGUGUGUUACUGAUUUACUCUCCAAAAGUGGGAAAACACCCAGUAACGAACAUGCUGCUGUCUGGGUUCCUGACUCAGAGGCGACCGUGUGUAUGCGUUGUCAGAAAGCAAAAUUCACACCUGUUAAUCGUCGUCACCAUUGCCGAAAAUGUGGUUUUGUUGUCUGUGGGCCCUGCUCUGAAAAGAGAUUUCUUCUUCCCAGCCAGUCCUCUAAGCCGGUGCGGAUUUGUGACUUCUGCUAUGACCUGCUUUCUACUGGGGACAUGGCCACAUGCCAGCCUGCUAGAUCAGACUCUUAUAGUCAGUCAUUGAAGUCUCCUUUAAAUGAUGUGUCCGAUGAUGAUGAUGAUGAUGACAGUAGUGACUAAGAACACGUUUUGAAAUAUUUAAUCAGAUCUGACUGAGAAAUGAGCUGUGUGUGGGGGGUGGGGAUGUAAAAGUUUAAGCUCUCAAUUUUGCUGUAGCCGUGAAUUUGCCUGAGAAACCUUUAACCUCCGUGCCCCUCUAUAUACUCUACAGGAAUAGUUCUUGUUGCUCUCCUUAUCCCCCAACUUCCUAUCUUCUGUAGGGACAGAUUGCUGAAAAUAUGUCACAUUUACCAGAUCAUGUAUUAAUGUUGUUUAUUACAUGUUCUGUUUGAGGGAAAAACUAAAAGAGAAUGGUGGGGGGGGAGAGAGGAAAUGACGUGGUUGGUUAAAACACAAGUAAUAACAAUAUAUAAUUCAGAAAGGCUUUGGAUUUUUUAUACACCAAGUGGUGCCUUAUCAUUAAUAGCAAUGCUAUGUCCUGCUUUUUAGUUUCCUUUAAAAAUACACUGGUGCUCUUUCAGGUGGUACAAUUAGUGUCUAUGAUUGGAUGUAAAUAGAAAAUAUUUCUUAUCUGACAGCACAUAUUACUAAAUUUGGAGGUUCUUAAUGAAUAAAUAUUUUUUCAUAGUUGUGAUUAUAUUUUGUUUUAUAACUUCCAACUUACAAUUAUCAAAUACUUAUUUUAAAUUAAUGAUAGGUUGUCAGUCUUAGAAAUUUGGUUUGAAAUUUGUCAAAUUGCCAUGUGGCAUUAGUUUCUACUUUUAGAAGACCUAUUUGUAAGUAUAAAUUCUUCUGCUUUGAUAUUAUUUCCAGAAUGAAAAUUUUUAUCAACCCCUUGAAAUUAAAGUUUCUUUGUUUAAAAAAAAAAAAAAUAUAUAUAUAUAUAUUUAUAUUUCUAUGCUAGAGCACAAACCUAUGGGCUGAAGAUUUGCAAGAAAUAAGACUGAUGAGACUUAACUGUGGAAAUAUUGUCUAUUUCAGUAUGAAACUCUUGAAUUUACAAAUAAAGUAUUAUAUUUUAUAGUUUUUGUAAAGUUCCAAAUAAUAUUUCUAUUUUUGUAAAACAAUUACGUUUAAUCUACUUCUGAAAUCAUUUUGUCAUUUAUGGAAAUAGAAUAGCCCUUGAUCUUUCUAAAUGGUGAACUUCAUUUAGUCAGCCUGGAUUACUUUUUUGAGAAGUGGAAGUUUUUUACUCUUUGCUUUUGAGGCAGCCAUUUAGUUGAAAGUAUAUUUAUCAUAUACAACUUGAUGAAUUUUGCACUAUUUCUCCAUUGGAAUGCUGCAAGUAACUCUUAGUCUUUCGAAUGCAUCGACCUAACAUUUUAAAUUCUAAAUUCUUUCUGGAUAUAUUGCAAGUAUCAGUAGAGUUCUGUUAAGUUGUGAUGGCCAUUCUUUGGUUUUGAUUAAGACACUGACUUUACUGUUACAUUAUGAAAACAACGGCUGUACAUUUCUCUGUAGGAAUUGGAAAGGCACAACAGGUUUUGUUUCAACAUCAGAUAGAUUUUUUUUUUUCUUCUGAGUACUAAAUACAAUCAGCCAUCAUAUCUGAAAAGGGCCACAGAAACUGCAAAGGGCUAAUGGAGACUUGUUGAUACAUAGGAACCUAGCAGAUGUAGGAACUGAGGAGAAAUGUUCUGAAAUUUGCCUUGUCAACUUCUAUUGACUC